UAAUGCUUUUAUUAUAUAUUAUUGACAUAAGACGAAGUUGUCAAAAGUUAAUUGUCAUAAAAUUUAAGGUUAUUUUAUGAGUAUAAUAAUAUUAUUUAAAUAGCAAAAACCGCUUAGAUAUAAGACUUAACAACAUGGCUCUAGUGAAAAAAGCGUUACUGGAGACACCUGCUUCAUUUUUAUUGGCAAAACGAUUCCGGGGAAAAGUUAAUAUCCAAAAACCACGAAAACCUCACUUUGAAAAGCAACUUUUACUCGACUUGACCAAACCUCACUAUGGACCUAAAAAGAGCUCUUUGCCAGAUAUAUUUCUUUGUGAUAAAGGAAAAGUCCUCUUUUCAAAGGAAGAAAUCGAUAACCCUUUUGAAAGAAUAUUGGCUAGAGAAUGUUUGAACUGGUUUAACACAUCGAAAAUGGUGGUGUUUCUCCACAUGAACUCAAUAAGUAUGGAGGAUAAAACACCAGUUUUUGCUGCACUUAAAAAGAAUAAUAUGAAUUUAAGAACUUAUGGAAAGAAAAUUGUAAGCAUGGCAACCAAAGGAACUCGUUAUGAAGCUGUUAAUCACUUGUUUACAUGUCAUCAAAAUAUUAUAUUUGGACAGCCAGAAAAUGCAGCAAAGAUGUUUAAAAUCCUCAAAAAGACACCUCAAAUGGUUGUCAUGGCGGGGAUUAUUAAUGAUAAAUUACUUUCAAAGAACGAGCUGGUCCAGUUUAGUAAGUUGCCGAGUCUGGAGGUAGCAAGGAGUCAACUGUGCUCAGUUCUACAGAGUGCUGCAUCCUGUCUUGUUGGACAGUUGAACCAAAAUCAACAAGUGUUGGUGUCUCAUCUUGAAAAGCAUAUAGAAGUACAGAACACGCCUGUCAAUAGUGGAAAUAAAGAUAAAACAGAGAGUUAAUAAGAGUAGAAUUACUGAAUUAUUUAGGUUUAUAAAAAAUAAUAAAAAUAUUAGUAUAGU